CGGAAGUGCCGGCGGGCAAUGGCGGCGGCCGUGCGGUGGCUGGGGCUGCGGGCGGCGGGGCCGGGGGCGGUGAGCGCGGCGCGCGGCUGUGUCGGGUGGGCUCGGGGGCCCGUGCCCCGGCUGGCGCGAGCUCGGCCGCUGCCCCCGUCUCCGCAGGCCUCGCCCCGUGCGGUCAGGAGGAGCGUCCUUGCGGUGCCCCCGCGCCCAGGGUUGGCCUGGGGGCCAAGCAGAUGGGGCAGCUCUGCAGCCCAGGCACCUGCCACGAGAGCGCAAGAGGACUCCUUCCUCCAUUGGUUUCUGCUUCUCAUUCCUGUGACUGCUUUUGGCCUGGGGACAUGGCAGGUGCAGCGUCGAAAGUGGAAGCUGAAGCUGAUCGAAGAGCUGGAGUCGAGAGUUGCUGCUGAGCCCGUCCCGCUGCCAGCAGACCCAAUGGAGCUGAAAAAUCUGGAGUACAGGCCAGUGAGGGUCAGAGGGCACUUUGACCACUCCAAGGAGCUGUACAUGAUGCCUCGGACCAUGGUGGACCCGGCCCGAGAGGCCCGGGAGGCUGGCCGUCUCUCUUCCUCACCUGAGAGCGGUGCCUACGUGAUCACCCCCUUCCACUGCACUGACCUGGGAGUCACCAUCCUGGUCAACAGAGGGUUUGUCCCCAAGAAGAAGGUGAACCCUGACACUCGGCAGAAAGGCCAGAUCCAGGGAGAAGUCGACCUAGUUGGGAUGGUGAGGCUGACGGAGACCAGGAAGCCCUUUGUCCCAGAGAACAAUCCGGAAAGGAACCAUUGGCACUACCGGGACCUGGAGGCCAUGGCCAGGCUCACAGGCGCAGACCCCAUCUUCAUUGACGCGGACUUCCGGAGCAGCGUCCCCGGGGGACCCGUUGGAGGGCAGACCCGAGUCACUCUGAGGAAUGAGCACAUGCAGUACAUCGUCACCUGGUACGGACUCUGUGCAGCGACAUCCUACCUGUGGCUUAAGAAAUUCCUACGCCGGACUCCUGGCCCGUGAGCUCGGGUCGUGGGUGCCCAGGCCGCGGUCGGCAGGAGUCCCCGAUUUCCAAGCUUUGUUUUUACUCGGGGUCAGGUCUGUCGGCGUAAAUAAACCUCUUUGCUGCGCACCCGU